AUGGCCGAGAAGCACACUAUUGUCGUCUUCGGAGGAGACUAUUCUGGGCCUGAGGUCAUGGCAGAAGGUUUGAAGGUUUUGGCAGAGGUUCAGCGUCAACACCCCGAAGUGACACUCGAACUCAAACACCACCUGAUUGGCGGCGCUGCUUGGGACGCCCACGGCGUGAACAUCACAGACGAAGCCAUCUCCGACGCCAGGUCAGCAUCUGCCGUCCUCCUCGGCGCCGUCGGGGGCCCAAAAUGGGCUCAAGUCCCCGUCCCAGUCGAAUGGGGCCUGGGCGACCUCCGCAAAGCGCUCGACGCCUUCGGCAACCUACGCCCGGUCAACUUCGCCGCCCCGUCCCUCAUCUCCCGGUCCGCCUUCAAGCCCGCCGUCUGCGCCGGCACCGACAUGACCAUCGUGCGCGAGCUGACCGGCGGCAUCUACUUCGGCGCGCGGCAGGAGCCCUCGGGCGGCACGCUCGCCGCCGCCUCCGACACGGACGCCUACACGCACGGCGAGAUUGCGCGGGUCGCGCGGCUUGCCGGCGCGCUGGCCAUGGCCCACGACCCGCCGCUGCCGGUGACGAGCCUGGACAAGGCGAACGUGCUGGCCGCCUGCGGCCGGCUGUGGCGCCGCGUCGUGACCGAGGUCAUGGCCGACGAGUUUCCGCAAGUCGAGCUGCGGCACCUGCUGAUCGAUAGCGCGGCCAUGGUCAUGGCGUGCGACCCGACGAGGCUGAAUGGCGUCGUGCUGACCAGCAACAUGUUUGGCGAUAUCAUCAGUGAUGAGGCUAGCGCUAUUCCGGGGAGCAUCGGGUUGCUGCCUAGCGCGAGCUUGUGUGCUAUUCCCGACGGGGUGGACGGUUCGUCGGUCCGCGGGCUGUAUGAGCCGAUUCAUGGCUCUGCCCCUGACAUUUCGGGCAAGCAAAUAGUCAAUCCUGUUGGAAUGAUCCUGUCAGUUGCCAUGAUGUUCAGAUGGUCUUUGAACAUGGCCACUGUCGCAAAAGCCAUCGAGGACGCUGUUAGGGAAACGCUGGAUGCUUCCAUCUGCACUCCAGAUGUCGGAGGCACUGCAUCGACUUCUGAGGUUGGAAAUGCUGUGGUUACUGCAUUGGCAAAGAAUUGGUAG